GUCCCAGGCGGGUUGGUAUCUUUCAGAUGAAGGCAUUGAAGCUUGCACAAGUUCUCCUGACAAAGUCAAUGUAAAUGACAUCAUCCUGAUUGCUCUCAAUACAGACUUAAGAACAAUUGGCAAGAAAUUCCUCCCCAGUGACAUCAAUGGUGGAAAGGUAGAAAAGCUUGAAGGUCCAUGUGUUUUGCAAAUUCAAAAAAUUCGCAAUGUUGCUGCACCAAAGGACAACGAAGAAUCUCAGGCUGCACCAAGAAUGCUGCGUUUGCAGAUGACUGAUGGGCAUAUAAGUUGCACAGCUGUGGAAUUUAGUUAUAUGUCAAAAAUAAGCCUGAACACACCACCUGGAACUAAAGUGAAGCUCUCAGGCAUUGUGGAUAUAAAAAAUGGAUUCCUGCUCUUGAAUGACUCUAACACCACAGUUCUUGGUGGUGAAGUAGAACACCUUAUUGAGAAAUGGGAGUUACAAAGAAGCUUGUCAAAACACAGUAGAAGUAAUAUUGGAACUGAAGGUGGACCACCUCCUUUUGUGCCUUUUGGACAGAAGUGCAUAUCUCAUGUCCAAGUGGAUAGUAGAGAACUUGACCGAAGAAAGACAUUGCAAGUUACAAUGCCUGUCAAACCGACAAAUGAUAAUGAUGAAUUUGAAAAGCAAAGGACUGCUGCUAUUGCGGAAGUUGCAAAGAGCAAAGAAACCAAGACAUUUGGAGGAGGUGGUGGUGGUGCUAGAAGUAAUCUCAACAUGAGUGCUGCUGGUAACCGAAAUAGAGAAAUUUUACAGAAAGAAAAGUCAACCAAAUCUGAGGGGAAACAUGAAGGUGUCUAUAGAGAACUGGUUGAUGAGAAGGCACUGAAACACAUAACAGAAAUGGGCUUCAGUAAAGAAGCAUCGAGGCAAGCUCUUAUGGAUCAUGGCAACAACUUAGAAGCAGCACUGAAUGUACUUCUUAACAGCAAUAAACACAAACCUGUUACAGGACCACCUCUGAGAGGUAAAGGAAAAGGAAGGGGGCGAAUAAGAUCUGAAGAAGAAGAGGAACUGGGAAAUGCAAGACCUUCAGCACCAAGCACACUAUUUGAUUUCCUGGAGUCUAAAAUGGGGACAUUGAGUGUGGAAGAACCUAAAUCACAGCUGCAGCAGCUUCAUCAGGGACAACACAGAUUGUCAAAUACUGAGCAAAAUGGAAUAAAAGAUAAUAAUCAACCAAGAUAUGUUCCUCGAAAUGAUACCAGACAGCCAAGAAAUGAGAAACCUCCUCGUUUUCAAAGAGACACCCAAAAUUCAAAGUCCGUUUUAGAAGGCAGUGGAUUACCUAGAAACAGAGGUUCUGAAAGACCAAGUACUUCUUUGGGAUCUGACGUGUGGGCUGAAGAGAGAAUCAAGUGUGAUAGACUCUAUUCUAGAUAUGACAGAACUAAAGAUACUUCAUACCCUUUAAGUUCUCAGCACAAUGAUGGUGCUUUUAAAAAAAGGGAUAACUCUAUGCAAAGCAGAUCAGGAAAAGGUCCGUCCUAUACAGAGGCAAAAGAAAAUCCACUUCCUCAAGAAUCCACUGAUUAUAAUAAUCAAAAACGUGGGAAAAGAGAAAACCAAACAGCAAAUCCUGAUCAUUUUUAUGACAGGAAACCACGAACAAUAAAUAAUGAAACUUUCAGUGGUGUAAAAAUUGAAAAACAUUUCAAUGUAAAUACUGAUUUCCAGAAUCCUGUCCGAACUAAUAGUUUCAUUGGUGUUCCAAAUGGAGAGACAGACAUGCCACUGAAGGGCAGGCGAGUAGGACCUAUUAAGCCAGCAGGACCCAUCACAGCUACACCCUAUGAUGAUAAAGUAUUUUACAAUAGUGGGCCCAAAAGAAGAUCUGGGCCAAUUAAACCAGAAAAAAUACUAGAAUCAUCUAUUCCUAUGGAGUAUGCAAAAUUGUGGAAACCUGGAGAUGAAUGUUUUGCACUUUAUUGGGAAGACAACAAGUUUUACCGAGCAGAAGUUGAAGCUCUCCAUUCUUCAGGUAUGACAGCAGUUGUUAAAUUCAUUGAUUAUGGAAACUAUGAAGAGGUGCUACUAAGCAACAUCAGGCCCAUUCAGACAGAGGCAUGGGAGGAAGAAGGCACCUAUGACCAAACACUUGAGUUCCGUAGAGGAGGUGAUGGCCAGCCAAGAAGAUCCACUCGGCCCACGCAGCAGUUUUACCAACCUCCCCGGGCCCGGAACUAAUAUGAGAAGAACCUUUGUGAAGAAAGGAGCCAUUGACUGAAACAUCCUGGUCAAGACCUGUUGAUAGACCUCCUACUUUCUCUUCAGAAUAAGGUGCAGCCGUGAUGAAUAUUAUUAUUGGAGAAUGGAAAAGCAGAUUUUAGAGGGGAAACAAUCCAGCUCAUACAAAGAAUGGGAAA